AAUAAUGGUCAAUAAAUGCAAAUUGCACUUUUUGAAUUGCAGUCUCAAGCGAAUGCAGAAAUUUGCAGUGCAAACAAUGUUCACACAAAUAUAAAUAACACUAAAGCUUGUCAGGUAUGCACACCGAAUGCCACGAAUACCGUCUGGAGUCAUUGCCAAUGCGUGUUGGCGGAUGGUGUCGAACGUGGCAUAUUAACAAUCAAUCGCAUGAUACCGGGCCCCAGCAUACAAGUGUGCGAAAAUGACAAGGUUGUCAUCGAUGUUGAAAACCAUAUGGAGGGCAUGGAAGUCACUAUACAUUGGCAUGGAAUUUGGCAACGUGGUUCACAGUAUUAUGACGGCGUGCCAUUCGUAACACAAUGCCCCAUACAACAAGGCAACACUUUCAGAUAUCAAUGGACUGGAAAUGCCGGUACACAUUUCUAUCAUUCCCACACUGGUCUGCAGAAACUGGAUGGUAUUUAUGGUAGCAUUGUAGUGCGGCAGCCACCUUCACGUGAUCCAAAUUCUCAUUUGUACGACUUUGAUUUAACCACGCAUAUAAUGUUGAUCAGUGAUUGGUUGCAUGAAGAUGCAGCAGAACGUUAUCCAGGUCGUUUGGCUGUUAAUACCGGACAGGAUCCUGAAUCUUGUCUUAUCAACGGUAAGGGUCAGUUCCGUGAUCCAAAUACUGGUUUCAUGACGAAUACACCACUGGAAAUUUUCACAAUUACACCUGGCCGUCGUUAUCGUUUCCGUAUGAUCAACGCCUUCGCUUCAGUGUGUCCGGCUCAAGUAACAAUUGAGGGUCACACAAUGACUGUUAUUGCUACAGAUGGUGAACCAGUGCAGCCCGUAAAUGUAAACACGAUCAUUUCAUUCUCUGGUGAACGCUAUGACUUUGUCAUCAAUGCCGAUCAGCCCGUCGGUGCUUAUUGGAUACAACUGAGAGGUUUAGGUGAAUGCGGUAUACGUCGUGUGCAACAAUUGGGUAUCUUGAGAUAUGCGCGCGGACCCUACCAACCACAGUCAGCCCCGCCAACAUAUGACGUUGGCUUGCCGCAGGGUGUGGUCAUGAAUCCUCUGGACGCACAAUGUAAUCGCGAUCGCAACGACGCAAUCUGCGUCAGUCAAUUGAAAAACGCACAAGAAAUCGAUCGUGGUAUUUUGGCAGAGAAACCUGAUGUGAAAAUCUUCUUACCAUUCCGCUUCUUUGUUUAUCGACCCGAAGAACUGUUCCAGCCAAACACCUACAAUCGUUUCUUAGUUGCACCCACCGGUGAUCACGUUAUAUCGCUUAUCGAUGAAAUCUCAUACUUAUCAGCACCUGCGCCAUUAUUAUCACAGUAUGAUGACAUCAAUCCUGACCAAUUCUGCAACGGUGAUAAUCGUCCAGCUAAUUGCGGCGCCAAUUGCAUGUGUACACACAAAAUUGACAUUCCAUUAAAUGCAGUCGUCGAAGUGAUAUUAAUCGAUGAAGUACAACAACCAAAUUUGUCGCAUCCAUUCCAUUUGCACGGCUACAGCUACAGUGUUAUAGGUAUUGGUCGCUCUCCAGACACAAAUGUCAAAAAAAUCAAUCUUAAGCAUGCAUUAGAUUUGGAUCGUCGUGGUCUCUUGCAUCGUGAAUACAAUUUGCCACCAUCGAAAGAUACAUUAGCAGUACCGAAUAAUGGUUACAUUGUGUUAAGGUUUAGAGCUAAUAACCCCGGUUUCUGGUUGUUCCAUUGUCACUUCCUGUUCCACAUAGUUAUCGGCAUGAAUCUUAUACUGCAAGUUGGCACACAAGCAGAUUUGCCGCCAGUUCCACCAGGUUUCCCAACGUGUGGUGACCAUACGCCUCCGAUACCCAUUAACUAAACUUUAGGUGUUUGAAUUCCAAAAUUUUUUAAAUUUUAAGCAAAAAUACUAAAAUAGACGAGGAAAUCUUUGAGAAACUAAAAAAUUUAAACGCUUUGUACAGAACUCGAUGCAGCGUUUCUCUUUUGUAAAUUUAUGCCUUAAAACACCACAAAACACAACGUCUGUAACAGCAGCAAAGGACGUGACUGGCAAAGCACAAAUUUAAAUAUUAAAAUAAUUAAAUAUUAAAAUAGUUUUUAUAAAUUAGCGCUUUUAAUAAAAUUGUUUCUUCUACUGUGGAGCGCAGCUUGAAGCGAAGAGAAGAGGAGAGAUUUGCUUCAAGCAAAAUCGAAGUCUUUUAGCGCUUCUCGCAACGUUUUUUCUUGAAGGGAUCAGCAAUUUUAUGCGCAACAGUCAUAAAUACACUGAAAGAAAUAUUUUUGUAAAUUUCGUCUUUCACUCGAAAACGCAGAGGACGCGUUUCUGAAAAUAUCAAAAUUUACAAACAUUUUUCUUUGGUGUGUG